UUAGAUAUUAUUUUUGAAAAUGAGUGAAAUGUUUUCGUAUGGCCCGAGCUCACAGAGUCUCACUUUCUUUGACACUGAAGACGAUGAAAUAGUUGGCGCAGACACACAAGCAGAUGACUACGAAUUCAAUGACUUCACAAUUCCCUCUCAAACGCAAAGCCAAUUUGAGCCCCAGGCGCACGAUGAAAUAGAAAUAACAAUGUCGACCACAUCUGAUGCCUCCAUGAAAGCAGCUGAGCGAGGAAUGACAGAUCUGACCUUCGAGGAAGAAGAAGAUGAGUCGUUUUACUCCAAAGACCUGCCAAAACAUGCAUGUCGCUACUGUGGAAUUCACGAACCUAACACUGUUCUAAUGUGCAACAUUUGCAAGAAAUGGUUCUGCAAUGGUCGUGGGAAUACGUCCAGCAGUCAUAUUGUAAACCAUCUGGUUCGCGCCAAACACAAAGAGGUUUCGCUUCACAAGGACACGCCUUUGGGCGAGAAUCUUCUCGAGUGCUACAAUUGUUCGUGCAGGAAUGUGUUCGUGUUGGGAUACAUUCCAGCCAAAGCAGAUGCUGUUGUUGUUUUGCUCUGUCGAUAUCCUUGUGCUGCUGCUCCAAGCACAGCCAAGGAGAUGCAGUUUGACCACUCCAAGUGGAAGCCACUGAUAGAGGACAGGAGCUUUCUCUCGUGGCUGGUCAAAGUGCCCUCGGAGACUGACCAGCUGAGGGCGCGUAAGAUCAACGCUUCGCAGAUCAACAAGUUAGAGGAGAUGUGGAAAGACAACCCCGAAGCUAAUUUGGAAGAUCUGGAGAAGCCAGGCGUCGACGAGGCACUCCAAAAUGUCCUGCUACGGUAUGAAGAUGCAUAUCAAUAUCAGAACAUCUUCGGACCCCUGGUGAAAUUGGAGUCGGACUAUGACAAGCGACUGAAGGAGUCCCAGACGCAGGACAACAUAGUGGUCAGAUGGGAUGUAGGACUCAACAAGCGGAGACUUGCAUUCUUUGUACUGCCUGCCUCCGACUCAGCGUUCUUUGAGAUGCGCCUGAUGCAGGGAGACGAGUUGCGCAUGGCGUAUAAGGGGGAGCUGCAUAAGCACUGGAAGGGGGAGGGACACGUGAUAAAAGUUCCGAACAGUAAUGGAGAGGAGAUAGGGGUGGAAUUGAGGAGAGCACACGGGGAGAUGCCACCGCUACAUGUCACACACAACUACUCAGUGGAGUUUGUGUGGAAGUCCACCUCCUUCGACAGAAUGCAGGCGGCGAUGAAGACAUUCGCUGUGGAUAUGACAUGUGUGUCCGAGUACAUAUUCCACAGACUACUGGGCCACGACAACAGCUCCACCGGUCCAGAUGGGGACAAGGUGUUCAAACUGAAUGUGCCCAAGAGGUUCUCAGCACCAGGACUACCCGAACUGAACCACAGCCAGGUCAACGCCGUCAAACAGGUGUUGCAGAGGCCACUCAGUCUGAUACAGGGACCCCCAGGAACUGGCAAAACUGUGACAUCGGCUACCGUGGUGUUCCACUUGGCGAAAUUAGGCCAGGUGCUGGUUUGUGCACCCAGCAACAUCGCAGUCGACCAGCUCUGUUACAAGAUACACCUCACUGGACUCAAGGUGGUGCGACUGUGUGCGAAGAGUAGGGAGGCGAUUGACUCGCCAGUGGCCCACUUGGCACUGCACAACCAGCUGAAGAAGCUGCCGAACAGCACUGAGUUGCGCAAACUCAUCCAGCUCAAGGACGAGACAGGCGAGUUGUCUGAGCAGGACGAGCGACAGUAUCGCUUCCUCAAGAGAGCAGCCGAGAGCGAAUUACUCAAGAAUGCGGAUGUGAUUUGUUGCACCAGUGUAUGUGCGGGAGACCCCAGAUUGGCGAGAUUCAAGUUCAGGUCCAUCCUCAUAGACGAGUCCACUCAGGCGACGGAGCCAGAGUGUCUGGUGCCAGUGGUGUUGGGAGUGAAGCAGUUGAUCCUAGUGGGAGACCACUGCCAGUUGGGCCCAGUGGUCAUGUGCAAGAAGGCAGCCAGCUGUGGCCUCAGCCACUCCAUGUUCGAGCGACUGGUGGUGUUGGGUAUUCGACCCAUCCGACUACAAGUGCAGUACAGGAUGCACCCUUCACUCAGUCUCUUCCCCUCCAACGUGUUCUACGAGGGGUCCCUACAGAACGGAGUCAGCGCAGGGGAGAGAAAGAACCCUCAAGUGGAUUCGAUUUGGCCCAAUGCUGAGCUGCCGAUGUUCUUCUACAGCUCCACUGGCCAAGAGGAAAUUGCAUCAUCCGGCACAUCAUACCUCAACAGGACGGAGGCGGGCUACGUGGAGAAGAUAGUGACUCGCUUCAUGAAAAAUGGAGUGGGUCCCGACCAGAUAGGAGUGAUCACGCCCUACGAGGGUCAGAGGGCUUUCAUUGUGGGUCAUAUGAGUCACAACGGGGCAGCCAAUGCCAAACUGUACAACGAGGUCGAAGUGGCCAGUGUAGAUGCAUUCCAGGGCAGAGAGAAAGACUACAUUAUACUGUCGUGUGUGAGAUCCAACGAGCAUCAGGGUAUCGGAUUCCUCAACGACCCCAGAAGAUUGAAUGUUGCUUUGACCAGAGCUAAGUUCGGACUGAUCGUUGUGGGCAAUCCUAAAGUGCUCUCGAAGCAACCCCUGUGGAACCAGCUGCUGCAUCACUUCAAAGAGAACAAAGUUUUGGUUGAGGGUGCUCUCACAAACCUCAAGCUGAGCAUGAUGACUUUCGCCAAGCCUAAGAAGUUGACGAACAUGAACAACCCAGGAGCCAGCUUCAUGUCAUUUGCCAUGUUCGAUGCAAGGGAGUUCUCGAGCAAUCCCGCGACGUCUUCAUUCGACCGCAGUCAACAGCCGCCCAAUAACAUGCCACCGAAUAUGCCCUUCAACGGGACCCAACCUCCUAUUUUUGCUCCACCCACUCAUGACCAGAUGGGAAUAAUGAACCCGGCUAUGCAACUGGCACCUAUCCAGGGCAUGCCUGUGCCGAUUAAUAUGUUCAUGCCGCCCCCUCCGCCUGCUGCCUUUUUCCAACAGAUGAGUCAGCAGAACUCACAGCAGCAGCAAAUGGGCAACCGCAUGCCUCAGAUGACCAAUGGAGUGAGACCGAAACAACCGCCCAGAUACAACCGAAACAUGGCCGGUCGCAACCCCAGCCAAAUGGGCUCCUCGCAGCUGAGCCAGGGUCUGUCGCAGCCAGGACUCUCACAGAUGUCCAUGGGACUACAGAGUCAGGAUAUGACGCAGUUCUCUCAAGGCUUCCAUCAAUCAGUGUCGUUCAACGGACAGAACCCGAUGGGACAGGGCGGUGGAGGAUUGUCACAAGCAGAGAUGCUCUCCCAGGAGAGUUUCUACAUUGACGACAUGCAGUCGCAAGGAGAUGUGCUGCUGCUGUCACAGGACUCUAACGUGCACAGUGGACAGGACAGGUCCUACCUCUCAUUCAACUCACAAUUCUAAACUAGGGCCAGCAGCAGCCACCCUCAAGGCGCACUGCAGACCACACCUCUCACACGCUGGCUGAAAGGCUAGAGAAGGUCACGGUACCCUCCCCACUAAGUGAAACGAGAAAGUGAGUUGGGUUCAAUCAGGUGCCAAGAGAGGUGCAGUGUGUCAUUUUGUGCUGUGGCUGACAUGAAAAAGUGUCUCUUGAAGAUCCGAGACCGCUCGGACGAGAAUAUAACAAAAACUACAAUGACAGAUGAAUUUAACGUGACUAUUUUCAUUGAAUAAACUCAUUUGUUUGAUCCUAUUUGAAAGUGAACAGUAGCUUAUACUAGAUUUCACUGUUUGCUAUUGUAAAUAUGUAAGCUGCAAGCAACCACUGGAGGUUUGGUAUCCUUCUAAACAGUCAUCCCAAUCAAAACUAUUUCCCAAAUAUCAUUAUGCUCAAAUAAAUUGCGGUAUAUUUUGAAUAACGAACUGAAUGGUGAUUAGGUUAACAACGAGAACGAGGUGAUAUGUUUAA